CGAACAAGGGUUUGGGAGAAUUGGCAUCACAAACAGAACAGUACAGAACGCAGCCGCAUGGAUCGCCUUGAGGACGCCAAGUUGAUGAAAUUCUCAGAUCCAUCCUUUGAGUUGUUGUUCAGUAAUCUGGGCGAGAGCUUGUUUGUUGAAAUCCUGGCCAGGCUCCCCAGCAGAGCAGCUAUCCGGUUGAAAUUGGUAUGCAAGAGCUGGUGUUCUCUUAUCUCUUCUCACUAUUUUAUUACUUUAUUCAAUCACCGCCGCCAUGACCCAUCCCUUCCGCCAAUUCUUCAUCAUCCUCAUUCAUCAUCGCCAUCGCCUGCCUGCUUUAUAUUCCAAAAUAUGUUUAACCGCAAUUUCCCGAUCGUUUGCGAUGGAUACCCCCACCCUGAUGCCAAUUCGUGCGGCUUCCGAAGGCUCGAUUUAGGGUUCCUUCCCUGUCCUGAUCCUAAUCACAGAAUUGAAGUGAAGGGUUCGUGUGCUGAUUUAAUUCUAUGCGCCUCCAUCCCCAUCUACUAUUCCCCUUCCGUAUCCGCAUUCUAUGUCUGUAAUCAGCUAACCAAGCAGUGGACUGCUCUUCCUCCCCCUCCCCUCCAAUUCCAAUCCAGUGAGAGGGAGAGGCACGAAAUGUACGAAAUGUCCACUGGCUUCCUUUGCGUUCCUGCGCCCUGUUCCCUUUGCACCACCAAUCAGCAAUCGCAAUGUGUAGACCAUUCUCGCUAUGAUUGUGUGGUGGUUCACAUUUGUGUUUAUCCACCCAUUUCUUACUGCAAAUACAGACUUCAACUCUUCUCGUCUCAGGAAUGGAAAAGUCUUGUGGUUUCAUCACCGCGGCCCAUAUUUGCAAGGUUUCUAGUUCCUUCUACUUGUUUUCUUGUGACCUAUAAAGGGAUGCUGCAUAUGUUGCUUGCUAAGUAUAUUCUUGUGUAUGAUCCCUACAAUUGUCCUGAAAAAUUUUGCCGCGUAAUUGAUAUGCCGACUGAUGUGGAAGAUGAGAAGUGUUUCACUAGAACCCUUGGAUUAUCUCAGAAUCGUCUUCGUGUAACAUGCCAAAAGGGUGCGCACUUAGAAGCCGCAUAUUAUAUAUGGGAGCUGGAGGACUAUGACAUGGGGAAGUGGAGUUUGGUGCACAAGUUUUACAUUACACCAAAUAUUAUGAUUCUCUCGAGCCUAGACCUUGUGCAUCCUAAUCUUGAUCCUAAAAUUAAAGACACGGGAUUUAUCAUUAAAGAUGGGAUUUAUUUGUAUUGGACCAAUUCUUCUGGGUGGUCUGCUUUUGGAGGAAUUGUUCAUUCCAUUACUCAACAGUGGUGGCCAACACCAGUGCCACCACUAAUCCGCGGCUACACAAUUGAAAAUAAUAAAAAUACACUUGGGAAUUCAUAGAUCCAGUUUCCUCACCUCCAACUUCCAUUUAAUGAUAUGAUGGUAAGCCUACCAAUUUAGUGUCUAAAUUAAUUUUUUGGUUCUUGUUUCCUUAAUUUUAUUUUUGUUUUUGCAGGGAUACCUUUUUUUGUUUUGGUUAGUAUUUAUUUAUUUAUUUAUUUUUUCUAACCAAAUCCAAAAUUGAUACAUUGGGGUGCACUUCUGAUGAAUCAGAUUUGAAGGACAGUUAUCACAAUCAAGAAUUAUUUGAUGAAAUAAAGCAAAAGAAGAACAAAUAGGGAUGUGUUAGUGCAUGCAUCAAUUUUAUUGAUCAACUAUUUUAAUACUUAAUUUUAUAUUUUUCUAUAAGAAAAAUUACACUUUUGUCUCUAAGCCAUAAUGAUAGUUGGAAGAUUCAUCCUUACUUGUUGGUUGUGCUUAUUUUUUUUCCUACACUAUAAUUGACGUUGCAAUUUUUGUCACUUUUCUAACUGGGCAUUAGAAAUAUUUAAAUGUACCAUCGGAUCAAUACCUUAAA